AUGAACAGAACCGACAAGCGAGGGAUUUUCAACAUUACUGUCCCGGAGCUUGAGUACGUUUUGUACGGGUUCGAUAGCAUCCCGUGCAAAGCUGUCGUCAGGAUAAGCUUCGACGGGGAGUUGUGUCCCGCACUUGCUGACAAGGUGGGCUAUCUUGUGUCCGAAUUGAAGUCCGUGGGAAAGGCUAAUGGGCUGCUCGAACUCGAGCCGAGUGGCUGGAGCGUUCAGCCGUGUUGGUUGGAAGCGUGA